AAUGAACAAGGCGAUAAAGCAAAGCGCUCAGUGAAAAAUUGCCCAAUUGCCCAGCUGUGACUAGGCUGAAAAAAAAAGGGGGGAAUUCUAAUGAGCCGUUAUUUUGUCAAUCCGUAAAGCGACGCCAUGUAAGAAAAAGUAAAUAUACAUAAGUGUACGUAUUGGUACGUUUAAAUUUGUGCGCAUAUAUAUGAACAUAUUUAUGUUUACCGAAGGAGGCGAACACGCUUCUGGUCUGCAGAACGCCGUGGAACAUUUUUUUCGCCCUUGUACAUACCGCGCAUUCGCGUUGCCACGCUCGCUCGGCACAAAAGCGACAACAGAGAACAGAGAUAAGGGAGGCAUAAAUGGGGAAGGAAAGCGAGUCAACGCCUUUCAAGAAGAAUUUCAACUCGUCCAAGAAAACGAAUGGCACCAACUCGGCCAGUCCCACAAGUUCAGAUAGAGAAAAUUCGGAGAUUGGCUUCCAAAAUAGCAGUAGCGAUUUGUUGAAGCAAGCGGGAAGUAGAAGGAAGAACAAUCACACGUUUUAUUCCUACUCUCGGAUGUUUAUAACAGUUUUGAACUACAUAUUUUGCAUCCUAGGUAUUAUAUGCGCGUGGGGAGCCAUAGACUCGCUCGUUCAGGUAAUUUCCGGAAAGCAAGUGUACCUGUCGCUGGCGUGCUACUCUGUCAUUCUGUUAUUUGCCGUGGUGUUCCUAAUGUUAUAUAUUUACUUCCUGGAUAGGGAUUAUCGACCAUGUGAUUUUUUUUAAAGUCAUGAAUUCUUUUGUUUAUCCCGCUAUGUUUUAUUUUAUUUUAU